AUGACAGAUAAAUUGUUGCCUACAGUUGAAAAAUGGUUGGGAAUGCGUACAGUUGGGAGACUACGGCACGAAUUGGGGUUGAAAAUUGAACAAAAAGAAGAUUCUGGUUAUCACAGGAAUUUAAAAAAUGUAAAGGAAAAAAUUUUAAAAUUCAAAAAAAAAUUUUUUCAGCAAUUAGUAGAACGUCCUUACAUUAAAUCAGAAUUGGUUAUACCCAAAAAACUGCAAAAACAACUUCCAUACAAUUUAAAACCUAAAAUAGAAAAAUUAACAGACAGAAGAAAUGAAAAUAAAAAUAAAUCAGAAUUAAUACAAAAACAUACAGCAUUAAUACUUGAACCUAAAGAAAGUAGAUUACACGCGAUGAUGAAGAUGUUAAAAACUGUAAAUGAAGAUAAGAGAGAAAAGGAGAAGGAAAUGAAUGAAGCGAGGCUUGAAAAACGGAAAAAGGAAUUAUCCAAAAUUAACGAAAAACGGACAAAGAAAAUGAAAGAAACCAGAAAAGCUUAUUGUAGGAAUUUAUCGAAAAGGGAGGGUAAACAAAUAAAAGAUGCUAUAGAAACGAUUGGGGCUUAA